AAGUGGACCUGGUUCUGUUCUGCUGCAGUCACUGACAGCAGAGGACUACAUGUUAACUCACAUCGAGGACUUAUUGGGGGGAUUGUUCCUAAUCCAUCUUCAGGAACUUGGACCUGGACGUGGUGUUGGACCUCAGUUUUUGGUAGUGUGUCGGUGCCUCUUGACAUGUCCGGGAAGAACUCCAGGACGGGCGCUUCAUCUGAGAGCCGCUUCCAUGUGGAUGUGGUCAAUGAGGGACCUCCGCCCUGCACGGAUGGGUCCAGGACGUCAGAGGAGUCCAAAGGACGCUUCAGGGUGGGCUUCACGGACCCGGGAGCGCUGGACAGCGCUGCCGACAUCGGGCUCCCACCGGACAUGAGCCACGAGCCGGACUCAAUGCGGAGUGACUCGGUGAGCCUGCACUCCACAGGGACAGGCCAGACUCAGAUGUCGGACACGCACUCCAACACAUACUACAUGAGGACCUUUGGACACAACACCAUCGACGCCGUGCCGAACAUCGACUUUUACCGCCAAACCGAGGCGCCGCUUGCAGAGAAGAUGAGCAGACCUUCUCUGGCAGAACUUCACGACGAGCUCGACAAAGACCCCUUCGAGGAUGGGAUGGCCAAUGGAGAGGAGACGUCGGCGGCCGAGGAGGCGGCGGCCAGGGCGGCGAAGGAGGCCAAAGGAGGAACGGUCAAGUUUGGUUGGGUGAAAGGCGUCCUGGUGAGAUGCAUGCUUAACAUCUGGGGCGUGAUGCUCUUCAUCAGGAUGUCCUGGAUCGUUGGACAGGCCGGCAUCGGAUUGACCAUCGGCAUCAUCCUAAUGGCCACGCUGGUCACCACCAUCACGGGUCUGUCCACCUCCGCCAUUGCCACCAAUGGCUUCGUACGAGGAGGAGGUGCAUACUACCUGAUCUCCAGGAGCUUGGGUCCAGAGUUCGGCGGCUCGAUUGGACUCAUCUUCGCCUUCGCCAACGCAGUGGCGGUGGCCAUGUACGUGGUGGGCUUCGCUGAGACGGUGGUGGAGAUGCUCAAUGACGUGGACGCCCUGAUGACGGACGAGCUGAACGACAUCCGCAUCGUGGGAACGCUGACCGUCAUCCUGCUGCUGGGAAUCUCGGUGGCCGGGAUGGAGUGGGAGGCCAAGGCUCAGAUGGUGCUGCUGGUCAUCCUGCUGGGAGCCAUCGGGAAUUAUUUCAUCGGAAGCUUCAUGGCCACGGAAGACAAGAAGCCCAAAGGAUUCUUUGGAUAUCAAACGGCCAUCUUUGUGGAAAACCUGGGUCCAGACUUCAGAGAAGACGAGACCUUCUUCUCUGUGUUCGCCAUCUUCUUCCCAGCGGCCACGGGCAUCCUGGCAGGAGCAAACAUCUCAGGAGACCUGAUGGACCCUCAGUCGGCCAUCCCCAAAGGAACGCUGCUCGCCAUCCUCAUCACAGGGAUCACCUAUGUGGGCGUGGCCAUCUCUGCAGGGUCUUGCAUCGUCAGGGAUGCCACGGGCGACCUCAACGACACGCUAAGCGACACGGUCAAUUGCACUGACGCCGCCUGCACACUAGGGUACGACUUCUCCAUCUGCAAGGAGGGAGGAUGUCAGUACGGCCUGAUGAACGACUUCCAGGUGAUGAGUUUGGUGUCGGCCUUCGGUCCUCUAAUCACGGCAGGGAUCUUUUCGGCCACACUGUCGUCAGCUUUGGCCUCACUGGUCAGCGCUCCCAAAGUCUUCCAGGCUUUGUGUAAGGACAACAUCUACCCGGGUCUCGGCGUCUUUGCCAAAGGUUAUGGCAAGAACAACGAGCCCCUGCGUGGUUACGUGCUGACCUUCUGCAUCGGGCUGGCCUUCAUCCUCAUCGCCGAACUGAACAUCAUCGCUCCCAUCAUAUCCAACUUCUUCCUGGCGUCCUACGCCCUCAUCAACUUCUCCGUCUUCCACGCCUCCUUGGCCAACUCUCCAGGGUGGCGCCCUAGCUUCAAGUACUACAACAUGUGGGUGUCGCUUGCAGGAGCCAUCUUGUGCUGCGUGGUGAUGUUUGUCAUCAACUGGUGGGCGGCGCUCGUCACGCUGCUCAUCGUGCUCGCGCUCUACAUCUACGUCAGCUACAAGAAGCCUGAUGUCAACUGGGGCUCGUCCACUCAGGCUCUGAUCUACAACCAGGCUCUGACCCAAUGUCUCAACCUGACUGGGGUGGAGGACCACGUCAAGAACUUCAGGCCACAAUGUUUGGUUCUGACCGGGUACCCAAACUCUCGUCCCGCUUUGCUCCAGCUGGUCCAUUCCUUCACCAAAAACGUGGGCCUGAUGGUCUGCGGUCACGUCAGGAUCGUACGGCGGCGUCCCACCGUGAAGGAGGCGUCUCAGGAGCAUGCGCGCUGUCAGCGCUGGCUCAACAAGAAGCGCAUCAAAGCUUUCUACGCUCCUGUCUUCUCUGACUCGCUGAGACACGGCGUACAGUUUCUCCUGCAGUCGGUGGGUCUUGGACGCCUGAGGCCUAACACUCUCGUUCUGGGCUUCAAAAACAACUGGAUGGACGGAGACAUGAAUGACGUGGAGACGUACAUCAACACCCUCCACGAUGCCUUCGACCUGCAGUUUGGAAUGGUGAUCCUGCGUCUUCAGGACGGACUGGACGUCUCUCACAUCCAAGGACAAGACGAGCUUCUUUCAUCACAAGAGAAGCCUCCAGUCAGCGGUAAAGAUGUGGUGGUUGCAGUCAGUCUGGCCAAAGACUCGGACUCAGACUCUUGUCCCUCUAAGACCGCCAGCGCCCAGAGCAGCCCGCUCAUCAUCAGAGACAGCAAACCUGCGUUGAGUCUGAGCGAUCAGCGCCUGCUGGAGUCCAGUCAGCAGUUCAAGAAGAAACAAGGCAAAGGAACCAUCGAUGUGUGGUGGCUCUUUGACGACGGAGGUUUGACGCUGCUGGUUCCGUACCUGCUGACCAACCGGAGCAAGUGGGCCAACUGCAGGAUCCGCGUCUUUAUCGGUGGGAAGAUCAACCGCAUCGACCACGACCGCCGCAUGAUGGCGACGCUGCUCAGCAGAUUCCGCAUCGACUUCUCUGACAUCAACGUGCUGGGAGACAUCAACACCAAGCCCAAAAAGCACAAUAAGCUAACGUUCAAGGAGCUGAUCGAGCCGUACCGGCUGAAAGAGGACGACAUGGACCAGGACGAAGCCGAGCGGCUGAAGGCUCAGCAACCGUGGAGGAUCACUGACAACGAGCUGGAGCUCUACAAGGCCAAGACCAACCGUCAGAUCCGACUGAACGAGCUGUUGAAGGAACAUUCCAACAACGCCAAGCUGAUCGUCAUGACGAUGCCUCUGGCGAGGAAGGGCGCGGUGUCUAGCGCCCUCUACAUGUGCUGGCUGGAAACGCUGUCCAAGGAUCUUCCACCUCUGCUGCUGGUCCGAGGAAACCACCAGAGCGUCCUUACCUUCUACUCCUAACACACACACACACACACACACACACAUCAUGGACUGUUUGAAUAAAAAAAGUGAACGUAACCUCCAUGCGUGUACACUAACAAGCUGUGAUGGAGUUUGAGGUAGCCGGUUAGUAUGUUUUCGUGGAGGUUUCCGUUACAAAACAAGAAAAUGCAUCUUUUUUUGUUUCCCUUCAUUAUAUUUCACUACAAACGCUCACUAAUCUUACUUUUGUUUGCGUAAAUUCCUGUAAAUUCGUAAACCUGUUGUAAUGGCGUCAAGAAAACGUGUUCGGAUAUAUCAAUGAAAUGUUAUUUUUUCAAUACUGGGUUAAACUAGCGAGCUAGCAUGUUUAGUAACAUGAUUUGAAUAAAAUAUUAAGUGCACUAUGUGUUGGAGUCAAGUCU